GUGCGAGCGUGAGUGAGUGCAUGUGUGUACGUGUGACAGUUGCAACGACCUUUUCAAGUAUACAUGUAUGUAUCAUUUCCAUGAUGGCGGCUCGUGAGCUAGCCAAUUAAGACGAGCAAGUGUCCGGCCUGAUUCUACGCGGCGUGUGAGGUGAGAUGACAAUUGUCACAUCACCAUCACGCAACUUUCCUCACUCUAUUCCUACAGUCGUAUCGGAUGCCGUGAGAGGUUCAUUUUAGAUAGGUGAGAGGAUGAACUGCAAGUGACAAGGUGUUCAUUCUGCUGGUUGCCAAAUCAGAUCAGAGAUGCCACAUUCGCACAUAUGUUCAUGAAUUUUCAGACAUUUUACUAUCGUCACAGCCUUUUAUUCUCGAUACAGGCUUGCUAAAAUAGUGACGACAUAUUAUUGGUUACAAAUGGUAAACGAAACUGGCCAGUUUUGGCGACAUUAGCACAUAUUUACAGAUUUUUCAGAAUUUCAUCACUUACAUAUGAAACAAAAAAUCUGGCAUCCCUGAAUCAUAUAUUUACUACUGUUAUUGUCGUUGUUGUUGUUUUACUAAGUUGUUUUCCCGUAUCUAUUUGAAAUUGGUUUUAUUUCUUUUCGAUAUGAUUUCCUUUGAUUUUUGGUUGAGUGAUGACGAGAGUGAUAACGAAAACAACGCUACACUUGUGCGACUGGAACGGCGGAAAUUAAGAGACAAAAGUAAUCCUCUUGAAAUACCACACGAUGCGUUUGUAAAAUAUUUCCGCGUCUCGAAAGAUCUCUUCAGGCAUCUGCUCAACAUAGUUGAGGGCAAACUAGGAGUGUCUUCUGGAUCUUCAUCGGUGCUUCCAAUAACAAAGCUAUCAGCAGCAUUGAGAUUCUUUGCUGAAGGUGGUUAUCAGAAGGGCGUAGGAAAUGAUUUGUUUGCAGGAAUGGCACAACCUACACUAUCGAACGCUUUAUCGUCGAUAAUUGCCGUUUUAGAAGUUUGUCCGACUGCCAUACAGUUUCCUAUGAAUGAGGAGGAAAUAAAUGCAAUCAAACUUGCUUUCUACGAGAAAACCGGAUUCCCAGGUGUAAUAGGAUGUGUAGACGGUACACACAUUCGGAUUAUUUCCCCUAGUGCUGAUUUGCAGCAUCUUUAUUAUAACAGGAAAGGAUUUCACAGUUUGAACGUCAUGCUGGUCUGUGAUCAUAAGCACAUGAUUCGUUACGUGGAUGCCAACAACCCAGGCUCUAACCAUGAUUCGUUCAUCUGGAAUAAAAGUCCUUUAGAUGCCAUGCUUAAUGAGAGGUUCCAAAAUGGCGAAAGAAAUACGUGGCUUUUAGGAGAUGCAGGGUAUCCUUUGAAACCUUACUUAGUGACACCCUUUCGCACUUCUAUCAGCACACCAAGUUCACAAAGGCAAACUAAGUUUAAUGAGAUGCAUUCGAAAACAAGGAUGAUUGUAGAGAGAACCAUCGGAGUGCUGAAAAACGUUUUUCGAUGCACUUUAGGCGCUCGUCAGCUGCACUACAAGCCAGAGAAAGCAGCCCGAAUUGUGAACGUGUGUUGUGCUUUACACAAUCUUCGACUGCAAUUCAAUGUACCGAUUGAUGAACAAAAUUGGCUGCCGAUAGUAAAUAAUGAAGUCAUCGAUGCCACGCCAAGUGAUGCAGUUAACUUAUCAGCCAAUGACAUUCGGCAACAAAUAAUGAACUCAAUCGCUUAAAAUUAUUAUAGCUUUUUAAAAAUUGACUUUUGUUUUAAGUUAAGACAACCAACUUUGUAAACUUGUUUUACUGCAUAUUUUUACUUGUUUCUGUAGCUACGAAGACAUA